AUGUCAACAAAAAGUACUACCACAACAGAUCUUACAUGCGAGUCUGGAAUCCUUAACAUCCCAGCCGCUGCUCCCCUGGCCAUAAACCCAGGAAGGCUAAAUCAAACCAUAUUGGAAACCGGCACUGCUUACGGAGGUGUCGCGAGAUGGGGGUCGCAAGAACACGAGUUCGGAAUGAGAAGGUUGGCGGGCACCGAAGAAGAUGGCAAAAUGAGAGGCUGGUUCAUAAAGGAAUGCGAGGGACUCGGAUGUAAAAUCAAAGUUGACCAAAUUGGAAACAUCUUCGCUAUCUUCCCGGGGAAGAACGGGGGUAAUCCAACUGCAACAGGCUCUCACCUUGACACGCAGCCUGAAGCGGGCAAGUACGACGGAAUUCUCGGGGUUUUAGCUGGGCUAGAAGUCCUGAGAACUUUCAAAGAGAACAAUUACACUCCUAAUUACGACGUCUGCGUCGUAGUGUGGUUCAAUGAAGAAGGUGCUCGGUUCGCGCGGUCUUGCACUGGGUCUAGUGUCUGGUCUCACGAUUUGCCUCUGAAGGAUGCCUAUGAACUCAUGUCGAUCGGCGAAAGCAUCCCAGAAAGCGUGUACGAAUCUCUGAGCAAGAUUGGCUACAUUGGCGAAGUGUCCGCUUCAUAUCAAGAGAACGCCAUUGACGCGCACUUCGAACUUCACAUCGAACAAGGACCAAUCCUUGAGGAUGAGAAGAAAGAAAUUGGAAUUGUCACCGGCGUCCAAGCUUACCGCUGGGAGAAAUGCACAGUAUUUGGUGUUGGCGCACACGCAGGUACUACACCCUGGAGGUGCAGAAAAGACGCGCUGCUGGCAUCCUCGAAAAUGAUCGUCGCCGCAUCCGAAAUUGCCAAAAAACACCAAGGUCUCAUGACAUGUGGUGUCAUUGAUGCCAAGCCAUACUCAGUGAACAUCAUCCCUGGUGAAGUCUCCUUCACUAUUGAUAUCAGACAUCCUUCUGAUGAGGUCGUAGCAAAGAUUUUCUCCGAAGUUCAUGCACAAUUUGACCUUAUUGUAAAAGACAACGUUGCAGGCGCCCUAACCUAUGAUCUAGAAGUCUUGCAGGUCUCGCCAGCCGUAAACUUCAACGAAGUUUGUAUUGAAUGCGUGUCAAGAUCUGCGCUAGCUCAGUUUCCAGCCUCUAAGGUUCGUCAAAUAUGGUCAGGUGCCGGCCAUGAUUCCUGUCAAACAGCAUUGCAUGUUCCAACCUCGAUGAUCUUUAUUCCUUCAAAAGACGGGCUUUCUCAUAACUUCUAUGAGUAUUCGUCAGCCGAAGAAGUCGAAAACGGUUUCAAGGUGCUGUUACAGGCCAUUGUGAACUACGAUAAUCAUAGAGCUAUCAGAGGCUACUAA